AUGAAUAUUAACUUGCGUGAUGUUAUAUGUACUUCUCGGGAUGGUGAUCGGUUUUGGAAAAUUCCUGAAUGUUAUAUACGUGGUAAUACUAUAAAAUAUCUUCGAUUACCAGAAGAUAUUCUUGGACUCGUCAAAGAAGAUGCCAAUGAGAAGUCAACACGUUCAGGACCAGCAACACGACGACCAUUUCGUGGUCGUGGCGAUGGUGGACGUGGAGGACCUGGUGGUCGAUCUGGAGGUGGUGGUGAAUAUCGUAAUAACUAUAGAGGUAGUGGUGGUGGAGGUCGUGGUGGACAUCAAGGAUCUCGUGGUGGUGGCCGUGGUGGUGGCCAACAAGGUGGUCAACUCCGUCAAGGACGAUAA